CUGCCACAAAAUAAUCCCCUAAUAAGCAGUUUUCAUUCAAUGUAUCACAUCGAUGAGUUCGUAACCGCAAAUUGUUCAUCGGAUUAUUCAAGUCCACCGGCCACCCUAACUUGGUAUAUAAAUGGCGAGCAGGCUCUUUACGGUGAAUUGCAACCAAGAAUAGAACAUACAAUUCCAGCGCAUGACUAUAAUUUACGAAGGCAAAUCCUGCAAACCCAUUUCUACUUGAAUGGACCGCGGUUCUAUAAUCCGACAAGAAUUUUAGAAUUGAAAUGCGUGGCGGAAAUUGAAAAUUUCCCAACGCUAAGACGUGAAUCGGUUUUAAAGGCCAAUCUUAUUCAGGACGAUAACCUAAACAAUCAAAUGCUUCUUAGUUCGGGUUAUCAAAAUAAAUCAUCAAGAGACCUGUGUUCACAAACUCUACUUUUAAUCUUCAGUAUUAUUUUUACAACUCUUCUGCAUAGAAUUUCUAGCUAGUAAAUAAAUAAUUUUUUUUUCUAAGUGAGAAAGAAACAAAAGAAAAUUUAAAUGUUUUGUCCUAUUUGUAUAUUUUGUUUGUAAAUAAAGCAAGUGAUAUGUAGAUCAAUGAAUUUAUCAAGUCAAUGUUAAAAAAAAUCUUAAUAAAAUAAACACUUUAAUAAAAUAAUUAAUAAUUAAG